CGACUGCAAAGAUGGCGAUCUCUCGUCGCUCGUUGAUCCUCCUUUGCGUGAUCACUGCACUGCUGACUGAAGUCCGGCCUUACACUUUGUAUCAUAAGAUAGUCAAUAACUGUCCUCCAAAAUGGACUCAGUUGGACUGCAACUGUUACAUCUACCAAAAUGAGGAGAGGACAUUUGCAGAUGCAGAGAGUGUCUGUAACAUUCUCGGUGGGAAUCUGGUCUCCAUCCACAGUGCCUUGGAAAAUAUAGCUGUUCAGGAACUCGCGAAAGCAGGCGGUAAUGAUAACGUAACCUGGAUCGGAUUCAAUGAUGCCAUUCAGAAUGAUAAUUUCAUAUGGACUGAUGGCACGCUGAAUGAUUUCGAGAGAUUUAAUGAAACAGAGUCGCAGCCUGACAACACUGUAGGUGACUGCGUGGUGAUCGCUGCGGAUGAUGGAUAUUGGCAAACUGCGAACUGCACAGACCUGGAACCAUACGUUUGCAUCAGAGAAGUGUUCCACCGCUAAUAUUCAUCUUUUCUCGUCUUCCCAUUCUCACUUGGGUCACAAUGGAGUUCCCUGAUCAUGAUGAAUCAAUGAGACAGAGUCAACCUUUGGUCGCCCUUUUGUAUUGUGGGAUUUGGGAUUUCCUAUCAACUCUUCGUUUCGUCCUCCACAAUGCCUCAUUAUUAUUGACAACACUUCUGUAAUCUC